GGGGUGGGCGGAGCGGUCGAGCAGGGGCGGCCGGGCCGGAGCCUCGCAGCCGGUGCAGCCGCCGCCGCGAUGGGGCUGGAGACGGAGAAGGCGGACGUGCAGCUCUUCAUGGACGAGGACGCCUACAGCCAGCACAGCGGCCUGGACUACGGCCCCCCCGACAAGUACGCGGACUCGAACCCGGACCGGGACCCCCUCCAGCUCAACUCGCAUCUCAAGGUGGACUUCCAGGACGUGAUCGCGGAGCCCGAGGCCACGCACUCCUUCGACAAGGUGUGGAUCUGCAGCCAUGCCCUCUUCGAGAUCAGCAAGUACGUGCUCUACAAGUUCCUGACCGUGUUCCUGGCCGUGCCCCUGGCCUUCGCCGCGGGCAUCCUCUUCGCCACCCUCAGCUGCCUGCACAUCUGGAUUAUCAUGCCUUUUAUAAAGACCUGCCUGAUGAUCCAGCCCUCAGUGCAGACCAUCUGGAAGAGUGUGACAGACACGGUCAUCGCCCCGCUGUGUCUGAGCACCGGACGCAUCUUCUCGUCGGUCAGCGUGCAGCUGAGCCACGACUGAACGCGUGCUCCCAGGGCUGCAGAGGUGGCGACUGCCCUAUUCCUUGGUUGUUACAGCAUAAAGCGACUACUGUUCUGUUCGUUUCCCAAUUUGUGCUCAUUAAGAAAACUGUUGAGAUGGACAGCCACAUUUAGAAAUGUUCAUUGGCAAGUGUUUUCCAAGUAAUGCUUUUAUAAUUAAUAACCACGGGUUUCAUAUUAACUUUAUAACCAGAAUUAUACAAUAGGUUGACAACACUAUCUUUAAAGGCAAACACUUUUUGCUUUAGUACCAAAGUAUAUCUUUUGUCAUGAUGAAUUUAUAAUGAUCAAGAUACAUUUCUCUCAAAUACUACAGUGGUUUUUUUUUUGCACAACUGCCAUAAAAAUAUGAGAUUUCUUCUUCUUUUUUUUUUUUUUUUUUUUACUCUGGAAGUAAUACUGUUAAAUUAUCUUUGCAGAAAAAGUCAUAGGGAUUCUUAGCAAUAAUAUAUACAAAGAUCCUAGAAAUUGCAGAAAUGAAAGCAUACCAUAGUGAUAGGGGCUAUCAAAUAUGAUAAAUGUGAAAAUUGAUUUAUGCAAAUGUGUUCCUUUAAAUAAAGUAUUGUUAAUCUAUAAUCCUAUUUAACAAGAAAUUUCAUUUUACUGUAUAUUUUGUACUUAAUGUAAAUGUUGCUCUAAUCAGAUUGCUUUAAAGCACUUUUAUUAUAUUUGUAUUGUUGAGCUAAUAUAUAGAAUGAGUAACUGUAACUCCCACAGGAAUUUUUACUUCUGAGAAUGCACUGUCUUGAUUAUGUAAGCAUUUAUAUCUUAUUUGGGGAAAGAAUGUAAAAGACCAAUGUACUGGCUUUUCUUUCUAACUUUACAAGCAAAACCCUGAAAUGUUUUAUAAGUAAUGUUUAUCUUAAAAUAAUCUGUAUCCAGUUCUUACUUUGUUUAGGCUAACUUUCUUUCUUAUAGUUAGAAAUUAAAUCAUUAUGCUGCAUUCCUAUUAAUGUUUCACUUUAUCUUCAAAUAAUAUUGGUGCUAUUUAAUAACAUUUUACAAUAAAGCCUAUUUCCUAGACUUAAGAUUCAUGUAGAGAGACUUCCAAGAAAGUUGUCAAUUUGUUGGGUCCAUGCUACUGAGCUUUUAUUUAUAAAUGAAACACUAACAGCUAUAAACGUUCAAUAUGUUGUCUAACAUGGGUUUUGUUACACAGUAUAGAAUUAUUCUUAUCAUUGUGAACUGUAAAAUCCUAUUUUAAAGUUAUGCAUUGCUUUUAUUUUAGAAAUCUCAUUAUUCCAAAAUGAUAACUUACAUAAAAGUUGUCUAUGAUGUGAGUAGUUACUACAAUUUACACAUCUUAAAAGUGUGAAAUGCUCAAAUUUCAGGUUUACUAUAAGAACCUGAAUUAACAUUCCUUUAAUAUCUUCAUAGAUGACAAAUCUUUAUUCAAAUAGUACUCUUAUUUUUCCAAAUUACCAAGACUGGUGAAAUAAAGGAUGAUUUGUUGCAAUAUUAUUUGAGACCAAAGCAAAUUAAUGAUUAAAUUAUGAGACUUGUAUUUUUCUGAAAGUAACCUCAAAAGAGGCUUGAAAACCUGUCUUAGGCCAUGAUAGCAUCCUUAGGAAAGAUGCUCAAUGAAAGCAUUUCCACUCAUUUGGCAAGUUUUAAAAUCAAAAUAUAUAUAUACAAAGUCACAUAACAACCAAGUAACUUUUUUAAAUGAUAAAUAUGAGCUCCUUAUUUCUUAAUAGCGUUGGAUACUUUCAAAGUGAAUUUUUAUUGAGAUUUGCCAUUAACUAUUUGAAAAACUGAACUUUUGUAUCAAGGUGAUCCAGGUCAUGUGUGUAAACAUGUUUGUCUUUUAGCUGGGUGUCUAUGAGAGGUGGAUGAUUUGGAGACUUUCUCAAUAUCCAUAAUAAACUUUCUAAAAACCCAUCUAUACAUUCAUUGUUUUUCUUACAUUAAAUAUAGAAUUGAUCAAUAAAUAUUCUUUUAAAACUAAUUACCUUCUUAAAAACUCAUAAUACAUUUAAAAACAUGAAUUAUUGCUUAUUUGGGAAUGUAUUGGUGAAAAAUUAUGAGAUUGGUAAUUUAAUUCUUUCAUUUUUCCAGCAUUUAAGAGAUCUCCUAUUAAUUUUUCUAUUAUUGGAUGAAAAGUAUGGAAUAGCUUGCUCAUAAACCCAUUAUAUUUCAUCUUCAUGAAAUGAAGUCUCUUCCUAAUCCUGAAUAAAUUGAUAUUCUGUU